UUCUCUCGCUAUCCGCUUCUGAUCGGGAGUUCUUAUCUUACUAGGAUCUCGCCAAUUUGUUUACCUUUUGUAUCGCCAAAGUAAGCUAUCUCCGACUAUUCUUUGCAGCAUUUUGAUAAAUGGAUUUACAAAGAAUGUAUCGCUGCGCCUGAUAAGUAAACGCAAUAAUAAGCUGCUGUUCUGAAGAUUUUCCUCUCAGCCUCAGAGCAGAAUUUUUUGGAGCAGCCUUCAGAUGCGUCUGUCUUUCUCUCAAAAGUACAACAGUUUUUCCUCUGUGGUUCCUACCUUCGAAUUGUACAGUUUGCGGGACACUAGUGGUCUUUGCAUCUGAAGAUGUUGCCAUUUUGAAGCUUAAGCCGGUUUAAUGUACUCCAAUCCAUUCACUUGUAUACAUUGUUAUAAGAAAGCCAGAUAAUGUCUAUCAAGUCAGCAUUUGAAAAAGAUGAUUUAAAGUUUGAUGGGCAUGAAUCUUCUGAUUUUCCCCAAAUGUCUGAGCAUUUAAGAGAUUCAAAUAUUUUACAAUCAAGGAAGACUUAUGGAAGAAGAAAAAAUUCUGGAAGUUUGCCAGUGUGUAGUGAAAAUAGUGGAUCUUUUUCUGCUACUGUUGAAGACUUGUGUGCAGAAAAAAAUUUGGAAUCAUUACAUGAAAAAAAUUCGAAUUUUGUAGCAGAUGCCAAUGAAUUGAAAUCUGCCAAUGAUAUUUUAAAUCCUAACCAAGUAACUUUUUCUGUUAAGCAAAGUUCUCUUCUGUCCGGAAACAGUGAAGCAAAUCAUACAAGAAUUAAUAAGAGUGAUGGAUCUGCUAAUGAAUUACCUCAAAAAUCGACUGUGCAAAUGGGUAAACCUGUUGGCUUUUUGGGUUUUGGUAAAGCAAAUUUCUUUGAAAAUCCUUUGAUUAAUCAAAGUAUGUUUUCAUUAAUAGACCUGGUAAAGAAGUUUUCAGUUCGUAAUAAUGAGACUUGUGCAAAAAAUACCCCUACCAGUAAAAAAAUUAAAGAAGAAUGUGAAUUAGCGCCUCUUAAAAAGGAAUCAGUUGCAAACAGUGCUUCAUCGUCAGAAAUAAAUUCUUUUGAUAAGAAAACAUUGAAAUCUACUGUUUCUAUUCGAAAAUCUAGCAAAAAUGUUAUUUUAAAAAGUGAUGUGAUAAAUGCUAAUAAAUUAGGUGUCAAAAAAGGUGGUGUUAAAACUCCUUCAAAAUCUAUACAGAAGCGAAAUAUCAGGUCUUUUGAUAAAAUAGAAAAAAGUGUAGGUAUGAUAGGUUGUGUGAGAAAUACGGAUACACCCAGGGAAAAUGGUGCCAAAAUUCCAUCAAAGGCUGUACAGUGGGAAAAUAUUAAAAGAAGUAUAAAAGUGCUUACAAAAUACGUUUCUAAACAUAAAUUUGUCGAAAAUAAUGUAAAAGCUAAGGUUAAAUCGUCAGUUACUCGUAGAACUUCUAAUUUGCCUACGGAUGCAUCCGGGAAAAGAGGUGCCAAAACUCCAUCGAAAGCUGUGCAGAGCAAAAAUAUUAAAAGAAGUAUAAAAUUGCUUACAAAAUAUGUUUCUAAAAAUAAAUUUGUCGAAAAUAAUGUAAAAGCUAAGGUUAAAUCAUCAAUUACUCGUACAACUUCUAAUUUGCAUUUAGUUAGAAAUGGAACUACGGGGAAAAUACAGUCGGAUCGCGAUGAAAAACAAAUUGAAAAGCUUCCUUUUGUUCAUUCGAAUGAAAAAGCAAUUCAGAAGCAAUUUCUUAAUAAUAUUCCAGUAAUCUUUGCUCCAAUACCUCCAGUUUCUCAAGAAACAAUUCCUCUUUGCAUACGGAGCGUUAAUACUUCUGUCGCUUAUGACCACUCCAUUCAGAAUGGUAACCAGCCUGUUUCACUUGGGAAUUUUGAAGAUUUAGCAAUUCCUGGUCCUUCUACUUUAAGUAAUAAUCACUCCAUUCAGAAUGAUAACCCGGCUGUUUCACAUGGGAAUUUUGAAGAUAUGGCAAUUCCUGGACCUUCUACUUUAAGUAAUAAUCACUCCAUUCAGAAUGAUAACCAGGCUGUUUCACAUGGGGAUUUUGAAGAUUUAACAAUUUCUGGCCCUUCUACUUUAAGUAAUAAUCACUCCAUUGAGAAUUAUAACCAAGCUGUUUCACAUGGGAAUUUUGAAGAUUUAGCAAUUUCUGGUCCUUCUACUUUAAGUAAUAAUCACUCCAUUCAGAAUGAUAACCAGGCUGUUUCACAUGGGGAUUUUGAAGAUUUAACAAUUUCUGGCCCUUCUACUUUAAGUAAUAAUCACUCCAUUGAGAAUGAUAACCAAGCUGUUUCACAUGGGAAUUUUGAAGAUUUAGCAAUUUCUGGUCCUUCUACUUUAAGUAAUAAUCACUCCAUUCAGAAUGAUAACCAGGCUGUUUCACAUGGGGAUUUUGAAGAUUUAACAAUUUCUGGCCCUUCUACUUUAAGUAAUAAUCACUCCAUUGAGAAUGAUAACCAAGCUGUUUCACAUGGGAAUUUUGAAGAUUUAGCAAUUCCUGGUCCUUCUACUUUAAGUAAUAUUCACUCCAUUCAGAAUGAUAACCAGGCUGUUUCACGUGGGAAUUUUGAAGAUUUAGCAAUUCCUGGUCCUUCUACUUUAAGUAAUAAUCAUUCAAGUAGGGAUGCUACUAAUUUCUUAGAGAAUCCUGUAUAUCAUGAGCAGGAAAUGAGGACUGGAUCUUUUAUGUCUCUUGGUGUUUUUUUUGAGCAAACUGCAAAUGAUUAUUUUCAAAGAACUGAAAAUAUGUGCAUGUUAAGAAAAGCGGAGAUGGCUAGAAUGAUAUUUUCAAGCCAUCCUUCUCUGAGCAAUAUAACUGUGAGUCAGUUUUGCAAUUUUCCUCGAAUAACAGCUGUUUUUUCUGAUUACUUAAAUGAUUGUGUUGGUGUACCUCUUAAUUACCAUGAUUUCAAUGAAGGGUAUGAUUUUCCAGAAAAUUUUGAAACAGAAAAUAUGUUGAGUGUUGUAAAGGAUUUUGUACAUUCUAUCAUUUUUUAUAUAAUUCCAAAAUAUGGGCCAAAACCUUCAGAUGUAUCAUAUUUACAAAUCAUUAAUGCUGCAGUGUCCAAAAUGUCAAUUAGGGAGAAUGCAAUUGUGACGCGGGUAUUUGGAAAGAAGUCUUCGUCGGAAAAGAUUAAAUUGGACGAUAUGUUGUCAAAAUUUGAUUUUGUUGCUAUGCUUGUGAUAUUUGACGAAUAUAAACGCAGGCAAAUUACUUCAAAUAUGAAGAACUGAAACAUGAUUAUUUAAGAUCAUAACUUUUAAUUUGUAUGGUUUGAUGAUGAAAUUGUUCUUGAAUAAUAUUUGAAUACAUAAAUUGCUUGAAUUUUUCAUUAUAUCUGCCUGCAAUUCCGUUUAAUGAUAUAUAAAGUGUUCUUUAUUUAUUCUUCCUCUUAUUUCUGAAAUGUAUCUUAAUUACAAUAUAAAAAGCACAAAGUGAAAGGAAGCAGAAAUUAUAGAUGGUUUCUUAACAUUAUAUUUGUGUAGAUAAUAUGAGGAAAAUAAUAUUUUCUCAAUAUUUGAAUAGAUAUAGAAUAAUUACUAAUACUGAUAUAUUUGUUAUAUGUCUUGAUGUAAGCAUGUAUUCCAUUUAAAGAUAUAUAAAGUGUUCUUUAUUGUUCCUCUUAUUUCUGAAAUAUAUCUUAAUUACAAUAUAAAAAGCACAAUAGUUGAUUCCAUUGAAGAAUUUUUCUUAUUUUGAUGCAAAGAUUUCAUUUUGCGUUUGUAAAUGAAUUUUUUUUUCUCCUGUUCGUAAAACUAUUGCUGAGUUCUGAUUAGUAUGUUGAUAAGCUGUAUGGAUAGGGGAGAUCCUACUGGAAAGAAACAAAUCAUUUCAUUCUUAAGCACUCUGCCAAUGUACAUAUACUUUUGUACUGCAUUUUUCUUUAAUAAAUUUGACAAACAAUUCUGAGACAUGACUGGUUGGCUAAAA